AUGUCUGCGAUACAAACUACUCAAUUGGGAUCAUCCCCAUGCACGGGUUCGAUUCACGUCACCAUUCUUCGAGCUUACGAACUCCCUGGUGAUAAUCCGAGUCGCAAGUAUUUCGCCACCGUCAAGGUCGACGACGUAUCGGGGAGCACCCAGGACAGUACUGAGGCCGCUGGGUGGGAUAAGCGAUUCUCGUUUGAGGCCUUCGAGUCAUCGAUAUUGUGUAUUGAAGUGUACAGACGCCGGCGGUUCCAUUCAGAUGUGCUAAUUGGGAGCUUUAAAGAAGAAAGACUGGAAAGGAUCUUGACAGAUUCGUACAUGGUCAGGGAAGAAAUCACCCGACCGUUGCAGUUAGACGAAACAUCAAAUCAGGCCACGCCGGCUGGUCACAUUAUACUGAAGGUUGAUCUGGAAGAUAACAAGACGGGUGCUAUGGCUGCCAUGGUGCAACGAGCCAAAAUUCGUGCCUCUUUGCUUCAACGCUCUCAGUCGGUCGGCAACAGUCACCUACUGAGUGGCUUACAGUCAGUGGAUGACGUAUCGCUCGAUACCAUCAAAGAAACAUGGGCCCCCCUGCUAAGCAAGUUGGCGGUUUUUUCCAACAUAGCUGACUCGGUCUCAGAGGUUCAUCCAUAUGCCCAGGCCGCGUACCGUGUCAUCUCGGCCGCGUACAAGCUCGUUGUAGCACAAAUGCAACGGGACAUCAAUAUCCUACUUCUCGUCGAUGCCAUGAAUGAUGUGUACGACUUCGUUAAGGAAGCCGAACCACUCCGCACAGUCAAAUCUCACGAAAAAGUAAUGCUUCUCCUGGCGCAACAGACAACAGAAUGUGGUUAUUUUAUAUCCGCGUAUUGUAACGACGAUUUCUUCACUCGUACUCUGAAGCAUGCCGUGGCUCCCACAGAUGCAGCCAUCGUCGAGUACGGAAACAAGUUCUCCGAGCUCAAGGCCGCUCUUCUAGCCCAUGCCACGAUCAAUACCGAGAUUUCUGUCCUGCGUGUUCUAGAUAUUGUCGAACGAGUUGAGAUCAAGUUGGAUCUUCUGGACCUUCCAUAUGCUCGGGGCGCUCGAUUCCAUGGAGGAAAAAGAUGCCUCCCCGGGACUCGUCAAGCUUUACUGACCAGACUCAAGGAAUGGGUUGACGGCCCCGACCCGAAGGAGAAAGGCGUCCUGAUUUUGGUUGGCGAUAAAGAGACUGGAAAGUCUGCCAUUGCACACAGCAUCUCUCAUCACUAUCAUGGACUCCGCCGCCUGGGAUCCUCGGUCUUCGUGGAUUCUGCGAAAGAGGCUGCUGAAACGCGCAUGCCUUUGCGAUUCUUCCCUACCAUUGCCCAAGAUUUGGCCACACUCGAUCCACAGUAUCGCUACAAACUGUGGGAUGCGAUAAAAGCCGACAGAGCGCUCAGAAAUGCCCUCGACCCCACUGACCAACUACAGAGUUUUAUCCUCGCACCAUUCAUAGACUUAGCUCUGGCAGGUCCUAUCAUCCUGGUCAUUGACGGUUUAGAGAACUGUGACGAUAAAAACAGUCUCGGACAGUUCUUGGCGGUUCUAGCUGCGAGGGUCAGCAAGUUACCUUCCAACUUUCGCAUCCUCCUGACAACACGCCCGGAUUCGCAGGUCUUGAAUCGCUUCACAAACCACCCAAAUGCCCAGAUUGAGCAGUUGGAUGGACCUGAUGAUUUUUCGGUAUAUAGUGAUCUCUUUGAAUAUGCGAAAUCACGUCUCAGUAUCGGCCGCCAUGCCGGCUCCCUCGAACCCCGCAACGUCGACUGUCUCGAUCUAGCCCAGAGCUCUCGAGGAUCGUUCCUGUGGAUGUCAUUGAUUUGCGAUAGGAUCUGUGGCGAUCACUCCGAUACCAAACUCCCUGAGCGCAUUCGAACUGCCAUGCUGAGCUGUCCAUCUGAAUGUUCAUCAACGGAGUCGACACCACCCAAAGACGAUCUUUAUCUCCAUGCGCUCCGUCGCCUCUUUGAUCCUCGGGAUUCUACUACUAUGGGACAGUUUAGGGACGUAAUGGGAAUUCUUCUCGCCUCGUACCACCCACUCUCGCUUUCCGACCUUGUAGAGAUGAGAGAUCGGGCCUCCUCCGAAGAGGACAUCAUCGCGGUGGUUACUAAGAUGGAUUCCUUCCUAACGAAUGCCACAGAUCGCCGUGCUCCUCUAGUGCCCUUCAACCUCUCCUUCUUUGAAUUCCUCCGUGAUCCCCAUCGAAGCCAACACUUUUUCGUUGACGUAGCGGAUCAUCAUCAUCAUAGACUCGCCACGAGAUGCAUCCGUGUUCUGAGCGAACAGCUUCAACUCAACAUAUGUCACCUUGCAUCCUCAUAUCUACGGAACGACGAGGUCAUCGACCUUCCUGACCGUCUCUACCGUUUCAUCAGCCCAGAACUCUUAUACGCAUCUCAGUUUUGGAUAGAGCACUUAUGUGCAAUCGAGGGGACAAUGCCAGAAGCUCUAGUCGCAGAAGUCGAACUACUGUUACGAACGCGCCUCUUCUUCUGGCUCGAGGUCCUCAGCUUAAUUGAGGCUGUGGAUUUAGCGAUCAGUGGACUGACCAAAAUCCUCAGCUGGAGCCACGCAGCAGUCGAAGCGAUCUCUUUUGUUCAGACAUUUGAGGCCGCGAUCAAAACGUCGGCACCACACACUUACAUCUCCGCCAUCCGAUUCUGGCAGACCGAGCAGCGUGAACGCUUCCAACCGCAAUUCAGAUUUCCUGAAAUCUCGAGGUCUCCUACCAAAGAAUAUUAUGUGUUCACAAAGCACCGCGAGAUCAUACGCUCUAUCGCCUUCUCUCCGAACAAUCGCAGCAUUCUUUCCAGUUCUGACGAUAGGAUAUUCCAUACUUGGGAUAUCUCGCAGUGCGUUUCCGUUUCCACCUUGACCACAAUUCCCCAUAGGGAGGGGGUACAACAUGUCGCAUUUUCCACAGACAGUGGAAGCAUCACUGUGGUUUCAGGGGGCCGCUUGCAAAGACUGGAUGCAAAGGCUGGCGAAAUUCUGUCGGAAUUCAUAUUGACCGGUCUACCGGAUAGGCAACGGAAUAGAGAUCACCUCGACUUUCUUUUCGCUUUACGGCCGGAUGGCGAACGCGUCGCUGUCUGUUACCGAUUCGACGGCUUGUUGUCCGUUUAUGAUACCAAUGCGAGCGGACUUAUCUCUCUCCCAGAUCCGUUGCAACAUGACAAAGUCCCCCGACCAUACGAGCGUCUGUCGUCUUUGAAGUACUCGUCUCAAGGGUCGUUCCUAGCCAUUGGAGACAGUCGAGGCAGGCUUUGUCUAUGGGACGCCAUCGAGGGACUUUUCGCCAUUGUCAUAUACACUGGCGGCCAGAUCGACACCAUGAUCUUCUCACCAGAUGAAGAAUGGCUCAUUACUGUUGAGCAUGAUCCCACACGCAUGCUGCUCCAUAUCUUUGAUACUCGUACGGGGGCCGAACUGCACAGUUUCGAUACGACGUCCGUGCCACUAGCACCCAGCCUGCGCUUCACGACUAAUAUCGACGUCUCUCCAGAUAAGAAAACUAUCGCUUUAGGCACGGCAGGCGAUAAAUAUUGCCCAAUUUACUUCAUUGAUGUUGAAACAGGCGAAUCUGGCACGCCGUUGGUCGUGCAUAGAGGUUCCAUCACUUGCCUAACGUUCUCUCCAGACGGAACCAUGGUCGCCUCUGGAUCGGUUGACAAGACCGUUCGGGUUUGUAGAGUACUAACGCCUUUCGGGAAACAUUCACUUUGGGGAAAUGGGGACGAGUCUGGGUGGAUCCUUGGGCGGAACAACGAGUUGCUUUUGUGGGUUCCGCCAGAAUUGAAGGAAGGGUUCGACUGGACACCGCAAAUCCGUGGCGAGGCGCAUGGGACAUCGUGGACGAAGUGUCUAGUCGAGGAGUAG